UAUGCGCAUAUUAUCCAGCACAAAUCCGCCCACUCCCAGGUCGGGGGUGGGGCUGGUUUAUAAAUGCUCAGUACGGGGAAUGUGCACUUUUUUUCCCUGCUCCAGGCAAAAAUUUCUGCUUCAAAAGUUUCCUCUCUGUCCCAGGAAAAAAAGUGACUCACCAUGCCGUCUGAUCUGGAGAGAGCUAUGGAAACGCUGAUCACAGUGUUCCAUCGUUAUGCAGGGAAAGAAGGCAACAGCACCACUCUGAGCCGCCGAGAGCUCAGGCAGCUCAUGGAGGCAGAGCUCGCUAACUUCCUUAAGGCUCAGAAAGACCCCGCCACCGUUGACAAGAUUAUGAAAGAUCUGGACACCAAUGGGGAUGGAGAGGUGAGCUUUGAAGAGUUUGUGUCCCUUGUCGUCGGUCUGUCCAUUGCCUGUGAACAGUGUUACCAGAUGCACCUUAAAGGAAAGAAGUAAAAGCAGGGGAACAAAAGAGUGGGAGUUGGAGAUGAUUUUUCUACUGAAUAUUAUUGAAUAAACAAGUUUUAAUAAAUGCAA